UCGGUCACUCGGUGUUGUGUCACUGUUCCUUGGCAACAAGUGGGCAGCCGUGUGGGCCGUGGCAACUGGCAACUGGUAGCAAUCUGGCAAUUCUUUCGUAAGAUGGCAGGGAUCUUUAGAAUAUAUACGUGUACACAUUUUUUUAUCCAAGUAAAUCCAGAAAGUAAGAUCUGAACGCGCGAGUAUUCAACCCGAACGUACGAGUAUCGAAAAUUUAUAUACUUUGCUGUUAUCGUUAUUACCCAUCAUGAAGCUGCUGGAGCGUAUGCGAUAAACCACGUACAAAAUCGACAACGAUGCUGUUAACCAUAUAAUUGAUAAUAAAACUGUCAUUAGACAGUUGGACAUGGCAGGCAGAGCUUUUUGCGUUAAAGUACAGCUGGAUGUACACGCGGUACGUAUCACGAUCAUUUGUUUCGUAUUCCCGUAAUUGUAUUCGCACUUGGCUCGUUCAAAGAGUUCGUUCUAACGCGGUCCAGGUAACGUGCCCUGGCGUUUGGUUAUGCUCCAACGGCAAAGUGGCUCUGCAAAUCAACGCUCUCGAUUCCUAUGCGGAAUCCCGAAGAAUCAGCCCGAUUUUCCCGCUCUUGUUUCACGAUAAAUUUACCUUCAGUAAAAUCUUUACUCGAGUAAUUUCCUUGGCGGAGCUGCAGUGCACUUUGGAGCAGGAAUUUUUAUAUGCCAAAUUGAUACAGUGGGUAACACCAGCCAGCCGAGGCAUUAUUUUAGCCACAUUUGAAACAAAUUUAGCAGAUUUAUUGUAUCCAGCGCCAUGCUUCAAAGGUUUACUAGCCGGUGUGGAUAUAGACCUGCUGAUGGAGUCGACUAAAUGUUUUCCCGGUAUCAUAGCGCCUAAAAUCGAGAUCUCUACCAAAACGAUUGUCGAGGAAGUGCUGGGCUCCUAUGACAAAUAUGUUAUCAAUCCAAAGAUGAUUAACUCUAAGCAAACAGCAUGUGCACAAAGGAAAAGGCCGAUUAAAGGUAUUAUAAGGCAACGACGAGUUUGUCAUACCAAAACCAAGCCGAGAUCUCAAAGCUGUCGACCAUAUCGUCAGAGAUCGAACGAUUGCCAAUGUUCCGCGAUGCGAUAUGCGACGAGUCAUCAGACAGGAUCACAAAUUGAUCAAUGUUAUCACUCGAUAAAGAAAGAUUCUGCAUGCACUUGUCAAGCAAAUUUCACAAAAUCAGCUGAACCUACCCUCAUACGUAACAACAUCCACGUUAUAGACAAUUGUCCGGUUUGUUUCAAGUAUAAUUGUUAUUUUCCCAAAUAUCAUGACGAUUCUGAUAUAGCUAAAAAAUAUAUCGACGCUAAGCAAAGAUGUCACAGAAAUUUAUCGGACGUUGGAGAGUGCGAUUAUAUUUGUAGAAAUGGCGCGUCUGACAUACAAAAAGAAGCGGCAACGUCAUUGUGAGUCUAUUGAAAACGAAUGAAUUUCUUGAACGUCUGUUUACGAUCCUUGUAUUUUUACAGAUCACAAUCUGAUAAAAUUGAAAAGCUUCCGAAAACUAGGGAAAAAUGGUAUGUUACUGAAACGGACAAUGUCUCUAUGUGUCGAUAUGAGUGCGAUCCAAAAUGCAAAUAUACUCGAGAUUACUCGGGUCAUGGAUUUUAUAAGAAUCUGGAAAAGUUUUACAAAAGAAUGUAUAGACAAGCAAAAAUGCGUGCGCAGGAGGUUGAUGGUUGAUGUGAAAAAUACCAUCGUCAUCGCUCAUACUUUUCUAAUGCAACUUUUGUAUCUAUAUUAUAAACUUUUAUAAUUACUGAAUAUUUUAUAUACGUGAUAUCAAACGAAACAAUCUUGUUUAAUAAAAGGACUAAAAUGUUAAUGU